GUGGGAGCUGAGUGGGCAGAGGGGCCCCCUGAGGCAGCGGCCCCCCGGUCUCCCUGCGGAUGGUCCAAGGACUACGUCGUCCUUGGCUGCCGGGGUGUCUGGUACAGGAUCCUCUCCCUGCUCCCUGCCAUGCAGCCUUGGCACUACACCCUGAAGCAGAUCAGCGGCCGCUUUGGCUCCAGUGUCCUCUCCUACUUCCUCUUCCUCAAGAUGCUCCUUAUGUACAACAUCUUCUCAUUCCUCAUCCUCCUGGUCUUCGUGGUGGCCCUGCAGGCUGCAUAUCCUCCUGCCUCAGCCAGCCCCCAGCCCUUCACUGGCCUUGAGCUCCUCACAGGAGCGGGCUACUUCACUCACUCGCUGCUGUACUAUGGCUACUACAGCAACGUCACCCUCAACGACCCCUGCGCCUCCAGCCCCAAUGGCAGUGCCUACUCCCUUACAGCUCCCCGGCUCCCAUACAACAUGCCGCUGGCCUACAUGUUCAGUGUUGGGGUCUCCUUCCUCAUCACCGGUGUCCUGCUAAUGUACAGCAUGUCCCACUCUUUCGGGGAGAGCUACCGUGUGGGCGGCUCUGCGGGGGACUUGGCCAUCAAAGUCUUCUGCGCCUGGGACUUCAAGGUGAUCCAGAAGCGUUCAGUGAAGCUGCAGUGUGAGAACAUCUGCACCCAGCUGAAGGAGCUGCUUGCGGAGCAGCAGUCCCGCUCCCGCUCCCUGAGCCUCUGCCAGCGCCUGGGGCACUCCGCCGUGCUUCUCCUGGCCUGGGCUCUCUCGCUGAGCACCGUGCUGGGCUGCGUGCUGGCAGUGCACUACUUCUCGGAGCACAUGCAUGCGAUGGUGGUCCUCGGCCUGCUCUGCUACCACUGGCUCAGCCGUAGAGUUGUCUGCUCGACAGAGGAGUGCUGGGAGACCUGCGUGGGGCAGGACCUGUAUCGCUUCGUGGUGAUGGACUUCAUAUUCACGCUGCUGGACACGCUCUUCGGGGAGCUGGUCUGGAGGCUGAUCUUGGAGAAGAGGCUGAAGAGGAAGCAGAGGCCGGAAUUUGACAUUGCCCGAAAUGUGCUGGAGCUGAUCUACGGGCAGACCCUGACCUGGCUGGGCGUUCUCUUCGCACCACUCUUGCCGGCCGUGCAGACGCUGAAGCUGCUGCUGCUGUUCUAUAUCAAAAAGACCAGCCUGAUGCAGAACUGCCAGUCCCCCAGCAAGCCCUGGCAAGCAUCUCGCAUGAACACCAUCUUCAUCACCCUGCUGUGCUUCCCAUCCUUCCUGGGGACAGCCAUCUUCCUCUCCUACACCAUCUGGUCGGUGCGGCCGUCAGAAACCUGUGGUCCCUUCCAGGGGCUGGAAACUAUCUACAAGUCAGGAAAGACCUGGGUGCAAGUGCUGGAGAAGUCCAACCCAAACAUCACCUGGUUGGCCUGGGUCCACCAGCACCUGGUGGAGAACACUUUCCUCUUGUUCUUCAUGGCCGGGGGCCUGCUAGCCGUGAUCUACUUCAAUAUCCAGGUGGUGGGAGGCCAGCAGAGGAUCAUCCGCCUGCUGAAGGAGCAGAUUGCCAAUGAAGGGAAAGAUAAAAUAUUUCUCAUUCAGAAGCUUCACUCCAUCUAUGAGCUGAGAGAGAGACGUGCCUGA